CUUUACUGCUUUUUGAUGGCUUUUGCUUAAAUUUUUAUUUUUAUUUCUAAGAGGGUUUUCUUAAAGUCUCCAUUACUUUUCUUCCUUGCUUCACCUGUGCAUUUUUUGUUUUAUUUCCGGAGAGGAGGAUAUGCGCUUGGAUCUCUCGCACCAUUUUGCUGAAGAAAUCGCGAGCAGAAAUUGAGCGGUCGAGCUAUGUCUGAGAUCAAGGAUCCGGCUAUCAAGCUCUUCGGGAAGAGGAUUCCGUUGAUGGAGAGUCAGAUUCCGGCGGAAUCUUGUGACAAGUCCGAUCCCGAAUGUCUGGUUGCACCAGAGGCUGAAGAAGAAGCGGGAGAGUGYAAAGAGACGACAAAAGUGGAAGAUGAAGAACUUUCUCCAAGAGAAUCAUGCAAACCUGAUAAGUCUUACAAUCUGAACAACAGUAAGGAAGAUGACCACCAAACUUCCAGUGAGGGCAACAAAGCAACAACAGUUCCAAAGCCUGAAGAAGACCAUGCUGAGAGUGAUGUCCCUAGCCAAGACAAGGUUCUCAAGAAGCCAGAUAAGGUCCUUCCAUGUCCUCGCUGCAACAGCUUAGACACAAAGUUCUGCUACUACAAUAAUUACAAUGUCAACCAACCUAGGCACUUCUGUAAAAACUGUCAGAGAUAUUGGACGGCUGGGGGAACAAUGAGAAAUGUUCCUGUAGGUGCUGGACGGAGAAAGAAUAAGCACUCAGCUUCACAGUACCGGCAAGCAAUGAUGUCUGCUGAUGGAAUACCAACCACUCGGGUUGACAAUCCUGAUUCCCCAACUCACCAAGUUCUUGCCUGUGGGGGCCUUUCCACCUCUUCAAAGCCUCUGAAAGGAAACGGGACUGUUUUGAAGUUUGGCCUUGAUGCUCCUGUCUGUGAAUCUAUGGCAACAGUGCUUAAUCUUGUAGACCAGAAGAGAAAAGCUGAUAUUGGUUCUGCAGCUUGUGAGGAAAAUGGAGUGGAGCCACCGAGUGUCUCUUCCAUGGCAGCUUCUUGCCAGGAAAAUGAAUUGCCUGAAAAUGUUCCCAAGAUGGAGCAAACCAAUAUUCUUGGAUCUGUUAAUGGGUUUACUUCUCCACAUCCUCUGCCUUAUUACCCGGUUCCUCCUUGGACUUGUCCUUGGAACCCAAGUUGGAAUAACAUUGCUGUAAUGGCGGUGAAUCGGUGCUCUUCUGAGGUGUUUUAUGGACCGGAUAGCAGUAUUCCCAAUCCAGUUCAAUGGGGCUCCCCACCUAUGGUGGCAGCUCCUGCCUUUUGCACACCUCGCAUCCCCUUCCCAUUUGUACCUGCCUCCUACUGGGGUUGCGUACCCAGCUGGGCUGCAAGGCCAUGGAAUGUGCCAUGGCUUGGAUCUAAUGGUAGCCUUUCACCAUCAUCUUCCACUAGCAAUAGUGGAUGUUCAGGCAAUGGGUCUCCAACCUUAGGGAAGCAUUGUAGAGAUGCAAAUCCACAAGUGGAAGAGAAAUCAGAAAAGAGUCUCUGGGUUCCCAAAACACUGAGAAUUGAUGACCCAGAUGAGGCUGCAAAGAGUUCUAUUUGGGCUACUCUUGGUAUUAAAACUGAUCAAAAUGAAUCCAUAGCAAAAGGUGGUAUGUUCAAAGCAUUCCAACCCAAGACAGAAAGCAAUAUUCAUGACUCAGAUGCUACCCAAGUCUUACAAGCAAACCCUGCAGCUUUGUCUCGCUCUCAGACAUUCCAAGAGAGCACUUAAAAGUUUCUCUGCGUGAAAUUUUCCUUACACGUAUAUAUCAUGUAAUAUUGCUGCCCUUUUUUCGUAUAGAACAUAUAAGAUCAGUUCUUUGUUACUGUUGCUGAUUGCGGCAUUUUAUACUUGCAUUUGGUUUGGGUGAUGGGCUUUGGCAGAGGGUGGAUCUUGAGAAAGCUCAAGAAAAAGGACUUGUUUGAGCUUUGGACAAGGUUGCCUGUAGAAUCUACGAGGUUUGCAAUACUUCAACUUCUCGAGAAUUGAUGCUGUAAAUAGUAGAGGAUAGAUAUUGAGUUGUUUAUAGUGCUUGUCUGAUACUUUGUCCAAAUCAUAGUUUCCAGAUCACAGUCUAGUAGAUUCACCUCUGCUUUGAAUGAACAAAAAGAAGGGAGGUCACAGGUCACUUUUUUUUUGUCAGAUCGAGCUUGCACGUGUCUUCUGAGGAAUGUGGGAAUUUCUGAAACUAUGGUUUGAAUUUCUGAACCCUACUCCAUUUGAAAACCAAAUCCACAACUGACUAUUUAUGAGCUCUUGUUUGGGUUCUAGAGGACUUCUAUGAUCUGAAAUUUGUGUGUGCUUAGAGCCCCACAAUUUGAAUUGUUACUGAAUAUUCAGAUUUUGGCUCUGAAAUCUGUUUUGCCUGCUAAAUUGUUUGUGGAUUUUUUUA